AUGCUGAGAUACUUUGGAGUUAAAUAUAUACAAUAACGAAAACAAUUUUAUUAAUUUUAUGUGAGGAGGAGAAUGUUGAAAUUAAUUCCCAUCUUUCUCUUCGCUUGUAAAGGAAUUAGGAGUACCUGUAAGUUGUAGAGUGAUCUAACUGAAGAAUAGAAGAAGGGAAUAAUUUAGAAAGCCUAAAUGUUGGAUUAUAACAAUACUCAAUUAAUAACAUAUACAAGUUUCAAGAAGCCAAAAGAGGGUGAAUUAAUGCCAUUUAUGAUAUAGAAUGGAGAUGAAGAUUAUUAAAUUAUUAUAUAAUACAAAGAGUAAUUGAUUCCAUGAUAACGAGAUAUUAAGGCAAAAUUUAUGCAUUUGGUAGUCUAUAUCCCUACGACCUGGAAACAGAUUUAUCAGAAGGCAUUUGUUUUGGGAAUAAACUAUAUUGUCCAAAACAUGGCUGCUAAUUCGAUAUUACAAAUGGCAUGGUAGAAGGACCUCCAUCUAUUGAUAGUUUGUCUAAGUUUGGAGUAAAGGAGAAUGAAGACUCAAUUGAGGUUUAUGCCCCUCUAAUAGUGCCUAAAAAGAUAAUUCCUUAAUAUCAUUUUAGAGAAUACAAUGAUCAAAGAAAAGUCAUUAUUUAUGGAGGAGGAGCAGCUGCAUUUGCUUGUCUGACAACUUUGAGAGAAUUUAGGAUAUGCAGGUGAGAUAUCCU